AUGACAUCCUUUGAGAUGGAGAUCGGCCUCAUAACUUUUGAGAAUGAUGGUAGUGUUAGUUUACUACCUGGGUACAAGUUUGAUCCCACUGAUGAAGUUCUUGUGGAUUUCUACUUAAAAAGGAGGGUAUUUUCUCAACAUCUUCCUGUUCAAAUCAUCCCUGAUUUUAAUGUGUUUCAAACUGAGCCUUGGGGGCUUCCCGGAGGAGAUGGAAAUAUUUUCAGUGAGUGCAAGUUCUUCUUCUACAACCCCAUGAAACGUGACCUUACAAAUCUUUAUAUGAGAGUUGCUGGAAGUGGUCAGUGGAAGGUUGUGGAGAAAGGUAAAGACAUUCCUAUCCCUCAAAACAACAAGGUGGUUGGAAAGAGGAACACCUUGAUUUUCUGGGAGGCGAAAGGAGUCUCUACUAGGAGGACUAACUGGGUGAUGCAUGAGUUCCGACUUGUGUUAAUUGAUAACCCAUCUAAGAUGACAAAAUGGGCUGUGUAUCGCAUCUUCCAGAAGAAUGAUGAAAAAAAGGUAAAGAAAACAAGAGGGUCUAAAGAGGGGAACUCUAAUGGUGGAAAAAACGGUGCAAGUGUUGAAGCAAUUGAUUUCAAUGAGAGUGGCAAUUCUCAAGCUCUACCAUUCCUUAAGUGA